AUGGGCUUCUCUUCUCUCAUCCAAGCUCAUUUGCAGGGUUGGGCGGUAUCACCGAUGGAAAGUGCGUGGUUGGAUGCAUGGCCAAGCGAUCGAGCGUAUCGUUUCUUGGGCUUAUUGUUGUCAUUGCGUAACGAAGGGCCCCCUCCGAUUGUGGCUAUCAGUCUACAGGAGAUUGAGGCCUGGGUUGAUCCCCUUGAAGCGUCAGUGGCGGUGUCAGGGUAG